GAAAGAAUGACAAAAUGUCUCGCCUAUAUAUAUAUAUAUAUAUAUAUCAUUAAAAAUACAUACACGCAACGAGCUCGAUGUCGGUUAAAGCCCUAUCGCGCACGUAAUACAUCUUUCCCUUCUCUUCCUUCUCAUAAAACUUUCUUAUAGUCAUUACUCGCAUUUCACUCAGACUAUAUUUCUCCACGAGAUUGCGUUUUACAAUUUGAGAAAAAAAUAAUACAAUGUCGUGCACGUACAAUUACUCUUACACUUUCAUCGUGCGAUUUAAUUUGUGAAUUGAAAUUUAUUGUAUAAUAUUAUUGCAAACGAACACAGUAAUGCCUUCCCUUGGAAGUUCCUUUUCAAAGUAUUGACAAUUUAAUGCACUAAAUAUUAUACAUAAUAAUAUUUAAUUAAACAGAAUGAUUAAUAAUCAACGCAAAGAUCAAAUCAAUAUAAUUUUGUAAAAGGCACGAAUUUCCAUAAUCUUAUCUGGUCACGAGCAAAUCAGAAGGCCACGAUAGAUCUGAAAACUGGUCAAGCAUAUUCUCUCGCUAUUUCUUUUUUUCUCUUUCUUUUUCUCCCCCUUUCAUUUACUUUGAAGAAAUUUACUCAUUCGCGGGACGCAAGGUACCUGAGCUGGAGGAGGAAGAAAGGGGUCUCUGAAAAUUAUAAAAGAGCGAUCAUACGAGCAGAGGGGAACAGUCGCCAUCGAGCACGUAGACUGGCUUCUUUCUAGGAUCUUAGGGAUCAUUAUACAUCGAACAAAAAACAACGAAGACAGAAAAUAAGAUGGACAGUGAUGCGAUAGAAUGGGUAACUGAAGAGGACGAGUACGAGUGCAAGCUUUCCGAAGAAACUCAAAAAAUUGCAAAGGAUGAGCUCAGGGAGGAUAAGAAUACGCGUGACCAGGCACUGGAGCAAAUGCGUAGCUGGAUAAAAUUAAACUCGCGUAUUAAAAAUUGCCGACUUGAUGCACGAUUUUUAUUGAGAUUCUUACGAUGUAAGAAGUUUAAUGUACCGAUGGCUCAAGAAACAACCGAACGAUACCUUCUCUUGCGUCAAGUUUAUCAUCCUGCAUUUACUCAUUUGGAUGUAAUGGAACCAACAAUGGAGGAAUUACUUUCAUUGGGAUAUCUAUUCGCUGCACCAGGUCGCGAUCACAAAGGUCGCCGUGUUGUUAUUGCUAGACCAGGUGUUUUUGAUCCACAUAAAUAUACCAACGCAGAUAUGUGUAAGAUACACGCUAUUACUUACGAAGCUUUGAUGGAAGACGAGGAGAGUCAAGUUCGCGGAUUUGUUCAUUUCGCUGAUGGUGCGGGAGUCAGUUUUCCUCAUCUUACUUUGUUUACUCCCAAGGAAGCUGUUCGUAUUGUUAAAAAUGGAGAACGUACAGUACCUAUGAGACACAAAGAAGUUCACGCUAUCAAUGCCCAUCCAUCUUUAAAGUUCGCCCUUGAUUUUGGAAUGUCCUUGAUCUCCGAAAAAAUAAAAAGUCGUGUUAAGAUCUACACCAGCCUGGAAGAUGCAUUAAAUAACAAGAUGGAUGCUAGUAUGCUACCUAAAGAGUAUGGUGGUACCAUGCCUAUGAAAGAAAUGAUCGAUCUCUGGCGACAAGAAUUAUUAGAAUUAAAACCGACAUUGUUAUGUCACGAUAAAAUGAAAGUAUGCCUUGACCAAUAUUCUGAAAAAGCUCGAGAGGGUGCCGUAUCUGCUUUGAAACAAGGAUUUGGUUGUUCAAGCGUUGGUUCCAGCGAUAGCAUGAUGUGUGGCAUUAGUGGUUCUUUCAGGAAACUCGAAGUCGAUUGAAAUUCUUCAAAAUCACUCUUUUUUUAUUAAUAGAUAAGAUAGGUUGAUCUUUUAUUUGGGGCUUAUGGAUGUUGAUUAACAGUCAGAAAUGAUAAAUUGAGCCACUUCUAGAUAAAAUGUUUCUAUUGACAAACGCUUUUCAUGGGAACGAUAUGUCUUGAAAUGGCGAUUCAAAAAAUUGAUAAUUAGGCCAUUAUAUAAAACACGCACGAUAGACGAAUUAAAAAAUAUAAAGGUUCUUCUAUUUCUAUUAGCUACAAUAUAACGUAUACAUAUAUAUUGUUAUAAGUAUCUCCAUAUAUAUUAUCCUUUGUA